AUGGCAAUUUUUAAAUCAAUUUCAUCAAUUUCAAAUUCAACUGGUUCAAUGGGAAGUUCAAUUGGUGCCUCUAAUCUUAAUGGAUUUGCUAGUAAUGAUAAUUCAAUUUCAUGUUUUGAUGGUGGUUGUGGUGGUAGUGGUGGUAGUGGUGGUAGUGGUGGUUUAGCUGGAUGGAGUGGUUUAAGUGGAUGGGGUGGUAUUGGUGGUUUUAAUGGUAGUUGUGGCGGUUCAAACGCCAAUAUCAUUAAUAUUGAUAUCGAUAUUGGUCGUCGUCGUAGAUGUUGUUAA